AUGGAGGUCUUUGGAGAGGAAUGUGUGGGCAUGACGCCACAACAACUUGCCGCUCCUGUCAAUACAGUGGAGGAAAAAUGGAAACUUCUGCCAGCCUUCCUAAAGGUGAAAGGCCUCGUAAAGCAACACAUCGACUCCUUCAAUUACUUCAUAAACGUGGAGAUUAAGAAGAUCAUGAAGGCGAAUGAGAAGAUCACGAGCGAUGCAGAUCCAAUGUGGUACCUGAAGUACCUGAAUAUCUAUGUGGGCAUGCCUGAUGUGGAGGAAAGCUUCAAUGUGACACGGCCGGUCUCUCCCCACGAGUGUCGGCUGCGGGAAAUGACAUACUCAGCCCCCAUCACUGUGGACAUCGAGUACACGCGAGGCAGCCAGAGAAUCAUCCGGAACGCCCUGCCCAUUGGAAGAAUGCCAAUCAUGCUGCGAAGUUCCAACUGCGUUCUGACAGGAAAGACACCUGUUGAGUUCUCAAAACUCAACGAAUGCCCCUUGGACCCAGGAGGAUAUUUUAUUGUAAAAGGUCAGGAGAAGGUCAUUCUGAUCCAGGAGCAGUUGUCCAAAAACCGCAUCAUUGUGGAGCAGGACAGGAAGGGUGCGGUUGGAGCAUCUGUGACCAGCUCCACUCAUGAGAAGAAAAGCAGGACCAAUAUGAUCGUCAAGCAGGGCCGCUUCUACCUGCGGCACAACACCCUGUCUGAGGACGCCCCCAUCGCCAUCAUCUUCAAGGCCAUGGGCGUGGAGAGCGACCAGGAGAUCGUGCAGAUGAUUGGCACGGAGGAGCACGUCAUGGCCGCCUUCGCCCCCAGCCUGGAGGAGUGCCAGAAGGCCCAGAUCUUCACCCAGACGCAGGCUCUGAAAUACAUCGGGAAUAAAGUCCGUCGACAGCGCAUGUGGGGCGGGCCGAAAAAAACCAAAAUGGAGGAAGCGAGAGAGCUGCUGGCCUCCACUGUCCUUACACACGUACCCGUGAAGGAGUUUAACUUCAGGGCUAAGUGCAUCUACCUGGCCGUCAUGGUGCGCCGAGUCAUUUUGGCUCAAGGGGACAACAAGGUGGAUGACAGGGAUUACUAUGGCAACAAGCGUCUGGAGCUGGCCGGACAGCUGCUGUCCCUCCUGUUUGAGGACCUGUUUAAGAAGUUUAACUCUGAGCUGAAGAAGAUCGCAGACCAGAUCAUCCCCAAACAGCGAGCCGCGCAGUUCGACGUGGUUAAACACAUGCGACAGGACCAGGUCACCAACGGCAUGGUCAACGCCAUCUCCACCGGUAACUGGUCUCUGAAGCGUUUUAAGAUGGACCGGCAGGGCGUGACGCAGGUGCUGUCCCGCCUGUCCUACAUCUCUGCUCUGGGCAUGAUGACCCGAAUCUCCUCUCAGUUUGAGAAGACCCGCAAAGUGAGCGGCCCGCGCUCGCUGCAGCCCUCCCAGUGGGGCAUGCUGUGCCCGUCCGACACCCCCGAAGGAGAGGCGUGCGGGCUGGUGAAGAACCUGGCCCUGAUGACUCACAUCACCACUGACAUGGAGGACGGGCCCAUCAUCAAACUGGCCUUUAACCUGGGCGUGGAGGACGUCAACCUGCUGUGUGGGGAGGAGCUGUCCUACCCCAGCGUCUUCCUGGUGUUCCUCAACGGUAAUAUCCUGGGGGUUAUCCGGGAUCAUCAGAAGCUGGUCCACACGUUCCGGCUGAUGAGGAGGGCGGGGUUCAUCAAUGAGUUCGUCUCCAUCUCCACCAACCUGACGGACCGCUGCGUCUACAUCAGCUCUGACGGGGGCCGGCUGUGCAGACCCUACAUCAUUGUGAAGAGAGGGCAGCCGGCAGUGAAGACCAGACACAUCGAGGAGCUCACCCAGGGCUACAGAAACUUUGAAGACUUUCUCCACGAAAGCCUGGUGGAGUAUCUGGAUGUCAACGAGGAGAACGACUGCCAAAUCGCUCUGUACGAACACAUGAUUACCAAGGACACCACCCACUUGGAGAUCGAACCCUUCACUCUGCUGGGGGUGUGUGCUGGCCUUAUCCCAUACCCCCACCACAACCAGUCCCCCAGAAACACAUACCAGUGCGCUAUGGGCAAGCAGGCUAUGGGUACGAUCGGGUAUAACCAGAGGAACCGCAUCGACACGCUGAUGUACCUGCUGGCGUACCCGCAGAAGCCUAUGGUGAAGACCAAGACCAUCGAGCUGAUCGACUUUGAGAAGCUUCCCGCAGGCCAGAACGCCACGGUGGCGGUCAUGAGCUACAGCGGCUAUGACAUCGAGGACGCGCUGGUGCUCAACAAGGCCUCGCUGGACAGAGGCUUCGGGCGGUGUCUGGUCUACAAGAACGCCAAGUGCACGCUGAGGCGCUACACCAACCAGACCUUCGACAAGGUGAUGGGCCCCAUGCUGGACGCGGCCACGCACAAGCCCAUCUGGAGGCACAGCAUCCUGGACGCCGACGGGAUCUGCUCCCCCGGGGAGAAGGUGGAGAAUAAGCAGGUGCUGGUGAAUAAGUCGAUGCCCACCGUCACCCAGACGCCACUGGAGGGCAGUACCCAGUCAGGACAGCCUCAGUACAGAGAUGUGCCCAUCACGUACAAAGGCUCGACAGACUCGUACGUUGAGAAGGUGAUGAUCUCCUCCAACGCUGAGGACGCCUUCCUGAUCAAGAUCCUGCUGCGGCAGACCAGGAGACCCGAGAUCGGGGACAAGUUCAGCAGCCGUCAUGGACAGAAAGGCGUGUGCGGGCUGAUCGUCCCGCAGGAGGACAUGCCCUUCUGCGAUUCGGGGAUCUGUCCUGACAUCAUCAUGAACCCCCACGGGUACCCCUCGCGCAUGACGGUGGGGAAGCUGAUCGAGCUGCUGGCGGGGAAGGCGGGGGUUCUGGACGGGCGCUUCCACUACGGGACGGCCUUCGGGGGGAGCAAGGUGAAGGACGUGUGUGAGGACCUGAUUCGCCACGGGUACAACUACCAGGGCAAGGACUACGUCACCUCCGGCAUCACCGGAGAGCCGCUGGAGGCCUACAUCUACUUCGGCCCGGUUUACUACCAGAAGCUCAAGCACAUGGUUCUGGACAAGAUGCACGCCAGGGCCCGGGGGCCUAGAGCUGUCCUCACCAGGCAGCCCACCGAGGGGCGCUCCAGAGACGGCGGGCUCCGUCUGGGGGAGAUGGAGAGGGACUGUCUGAUUGGCUACGGGGCCAGCAUGCUGCUGCUCGAGCGGCUCAUGAUCUCUAGCGACGCCUUCGAGGUGGACGUGUGCGGACAGUGUGGCCUGCUGGGAUACUCGGGGUGGUGUCAUUACUGUAAGUCCUCCUGUCACGUCUCUUCCCUGCGCAUCCCGUACGCCUGCAAGCUGCUCUUCCAGGAGCUGCAGUCCAUGAACAUCGUGCCCCGCCUCAAGCUGUCCCGCUACAAUGAGUGACAGGCCGGCCCCUCCCCCUCCACCCAGCCUGCAUAUUUCCCUUAUUGAGCUGAUAUGAUGGAUCUGGCUCUUUCUGGGCUGAUCUGAGUUUGGGUGUAGUGCCACACCCUGUCCUCUGGGGGCAGUCUAUGGGCUGGUACUGUUUCAGCAUCAACAUGACUGCUGACCUCAGAAGUGUUAAGCAGUGUGUGUGUGUCUGCAUACGUGUGUGUGUGUGUGUGUCUGUCUGUGUGUGUGUCUGUGUGUGUAUCUGCAUGAGUGUGUGUGUCUGUGUUUGUGUCUGUGU